UUGUUCGAAAAUUUCGACGAGUGUGGUUUAUUUUAGACGUUGUUGCGUUCGUGUUUAGCAAAUUUAAUAUCAGUACGCCCCUGAUGGAAGUAAAAUCCAUUUAAAAAUAUUAAAACGGUGUUAAAAUUGUUAAAUUUUAAACAUUAGAGAGAAGUCCUUCCAGUAUAGCAACACCCAAAAACAGCAAGAAAAUGUUACUUCACCGUCUGCCCGCCGCCGCACGGCUGGUAGCCAUGCUCUUCGUCACACUUUUCGCCUGCAGCAGCAUUUUGUGUAUUGAAGCGCAGCUUGCCAGCAAACUCAUACAGGAUCCGUGCGUGAACAAGGCAUCAUGUCACGAAUGUAUACAAACACAGAACUGCGCUUGGUGCAUGCAACCCGAUCUUGGAGAUUCGCCACGUUGCUUCCGAAAUAGUAUACAAAAUUAUUGCAAGGAGGAAUAUACCUGGAAUCCUAAUACUGAGCAGAAAAUCGUGAUUAACCGUGAAUUGACGCGUGGCGUCAAUGCCAGCGCUGCAGCUGGUUAUGGUUACGGUUAUGGUGGCUCCUACGAGGCCAGCUCAUCGUAUAGCGGCAGUUCAUCGGCUAGUUCAUCAUCAUAUGCGGGUGGCUAUGGUAGUGCAGCUUCUGCUGGGGCAGCGGCAUCUAGCGGCGAGAUUGUGCAAAUCAGUCCACAACGUGUUAGUCUCAAGUUGCGCAUUAAUCAAGUGCACUCCUUGAAUAUGCGCUACUCGCAAGCCAUCGAUUAUCCUGUCGACUUGUACUAUUUGAUGGACUUGUCGAAAUCUAUGGAGGACGAUAAGGACAAAUUGUCUGCUUUGGGCGAUAAACUGUCGGAGACUAUGCGUAAUAUUACUUCGAACUUCCGUUUAGGUUUCGGUUCCUUUGUCGACAAAGUGCUGAUGCCAUACGUCUCAACUAUACCCAAGAACUUGGAACAUCCAUGUACCAAUUGUACUGCACCAUAUGGCUAUCGUAAUGUUAUGGCUUUAAACACGGAUACAUAUCGAUUUUCUUCCGAAGUGAGCCGCGCUGCUGUGUCUGGUAACUUAGAUGCUCCCGAAGGUGGUUUUGAUGCCAUCAUGCAGGCUAUAGUUUGUCGUCAACAGAUCGGCUGGCGCGAGAAAGCGCGUCGCCUCCUCGUCUUCUCAACAGAUGCUGGCUUCCAUUAUGCAGGCGAUGGCAAGCUUGGCGGCGUGAUUGCACCCAACGAUGGUGAAUGCCAUUUAAGCAGCGAUGGCCUUUACACACACUCGGUUAUACAAGAUUAUCCCAGCAUCUCACAAAUCAAUCACAAGGUCAAACAGAAUUCGAUUAACGUCAUUUUCGCCGUCACCGCCAAUCAGCAUUCCGUUUACGAAAAGCUAUCGCAGCACGUUGAAGGUUCUUCGAGCGCGGUGCUGUCGGAGGACUCAUCGAACGUUGUCGAUCUGGUGCGCUCUGAGUACAGCAAAAUUUCCUCCUCCAUUGAAAUGAAAGACAACGCCACUAGCCAUGUGAAGGUCACCUAUCACUCUGCGUGCCUGAACGGUGGUUCCGAGAUACCCACCGCUAAGUGUGAUGGCCUUAAAGUGGGCGAUGUGGUGAAUUUCAAUGCAGAAAUCUUGGUAACUUCGUGCCCAACAGAUCCACGUGAAUGGAAUCAAGUCAUUCAAAUUUACCCGGUCGGCAUAAAUGAGAGUCUGAUCAUCGAUUUGCAAAUGCUUUGCUCGUGCCCAUGUGAGCGUCCCGGUGCCAUUGGCUACGAGGCGCAUUCAGCCAAAUGCAACAAUCAUGGCACCUUAAUGUGCGGCAUCUGCGAAUGUGACGACAUGCAUUUUGGUCACAACUGUGAGUGCUCUACCAGCGAUGUGCAUACCGGCAAACAUAACGAUUUGGGCUGUCGCCCAGAUAAUACGACACAAGUGGACUGCAAUAAUCGCGGCACAUGUCUGUGCGGGGAAUGCGAGUGUGAGAAACGUCAAAAUCCCUUCGAACUUAUUUCCGGCAAAUACUGUGAAUGCGAUAACUUCUCUUGCGAACGUCAUAAGAAUUUGCUUUGCUCUGGCGAGUCACAUGGCACUUGUGAGUGCAAUCAUUGCGUAUGUAAACCCGGUUGGACGGGUUCUGCAUGCGAUUGUCGUGCUUCGAAUGACACCUGCAUACCACCAAAUGGUGGCGAAAUCUGUUCCGGUCAUGGUGAAUGUGAAUGUGGUGUGUGCAAAUGCAAAUCUACCGAGGAAGGUCGCUAUUCUGGCAAAUACUGUGAGAAAUGUCCCACUUGUGCGGGUCGUUGUCACGACCUGAAAGAUUGUGUGCAAUGCCAAAUGUACCAGACUGGCCCGCUAAAGGACAGUAAGGAAAUUUGUGCAGCAAACUGUACUUUCGUUCCCAUAGGCGAAGAGAAAAUUAUUAUUGAUGAAGAAAAGGAUGAGCAGCUGUGUAUAUUCUAUGAUGAAGAUGAUUGCAAAUUUACAUUUAAAUACAGUGAAGUGAACGACAAAGUUGAAGUGCACGCACAGCAAGAGCGCGAAUGUCCACCAAAGGUGUUCAUGCUGGGCAUUGUGUUGGGCGUGAUAGCUGCAAUUGUGCUCGUAGGGCUGGCCAUCUUGCUGUUGUGGAAAUUGCUGACGACAAUACACGAUCGCCGCGAGUUUGCACGCUUCGAGAAGGAGCGCAUGAACGCCAAGUGGGAUACGGGCGAGAAUCCAAUCUACAAGCAAGCCACUUCGACUUUCAAGAAUCCAAUGUAUGCCGGCAAGUAAAGUACUCCGCACUCACUAUUGCAGCAGAGCCGCCAACAACGGAACUGCAAUCAAUAAAUUUGCUCGGGCAGUGUUGCAUUAUUUGCGUUACGAAUUUCUAAUUGCCAUACAGUAAGAAGUUAAUGUUGAGAGCUGCGUAUUUCUAAGUGAAAAGUAAAGAAAGAUAGAAAAAAAAACAAAAAAUAUAUUUAUAUGUGAAGAAGCAACUUGAAGCGCUAUCGAAUUUGAAAAAAUUGAACUGACAUGAAAACUUUUUGUUAUAGUAUUUUUAGGUGCACUGCACGUAAAUGUUGUGUGCUUCCGCAUGUGUAGUGAAGGUAUUUUAUAUAAACAGUAUACUGCCAUUAAUAUAUAUAUAUACACACAAAUUUUGCAAAGAAAUGAAAGAAACUUAACGAAAAGUAAUGAAUGUGCCUUUGAAAUAGACAUACAAGAAAAUAUAUUUUUUGAAAUUAUAAAAUAAAAAAAUUUUGUUUUGCUUGCUUUUCUGUAAUUGUCCACGCACAUACAUAUGUACAUAUAUAAAAAUUCCGUUGGUAUAUUCGAAAUGCGCCAGAGAGUAGAAUUUCUUGAAGUAGCUCCUUUUUCAACAAAAAAAAAAAAAAAACAAA